AAUUCAACUCUCAAAUAUAUAAUCGAACAAACGAUCGUCGUCGAUCAGUCGGGAAGCCAUUUUUGGAGUAUUCAAGCAGCUAUCGAUGCAGUGCCUAAGGACAACCUUAGAUGGGUUUGUAUUGAAAUUAGGAGGGGGAUUUACAGAGAACAGAUUCGGAUUCCCAGGGAGAAGCCGUACAUAUUUCUGAAGGGAGAAUCUCGACUGAAAACGGUUAUUGCUUGGGAUGGUCACGACAGUAUUCAGAGUGCCACUUUUAUUUCUGAAGCAAAUGAUACCAGGGCUAAGGGUUUGACCUUUCUGAAUUCAUACAACUAUGGACCUUCCCGGAAUCAGAUAUAUCCGGCGGUUGCGGCGAAAAUCGACGGCGACCGAGUCGCCUUCUACAACUGCCGAUUCCUCGGACUUCAGGACACCUUGUGGGAUGUAAGAGGCCGCCAUUAUUUCCAUCGAUGCACAAUUGAGGGGGCCGUGGAUUUCAUUUUCGGUUCGGGCCAAUCCAUCUACGAGGGAUGUACAAUAUCUGUUAACGUCGAUGCAAUUGGCCCCGGAUACGUCGGGUACAUCACGGCGCAAGGACGAUCAUACCCCUACGAGUCGAACGGGUUCGUUUUUAAGAAUUGCAACAUCGAUGGCAAGGGAAAAGUGUAUCUUGGAAGGCCGUGGGGAAUAUAUUCUCGAGUCAUUUUCUACAAAACUUUGAUGUCCGACGUCGUCGUGCCUCAGGGAUGGGAUUCGUGGCGUUCUCAGGGCCAAGAGUACAAGUUAAUGUUUUCGGAGAUCGAUUGCCGGGGCAUGGGCGCGAACACGACGGGUAGGGUCGGGUGGGUCAACAAACAUUCGAGCAAGAAUUUGCAACCGUUUAUUGAUUUGUCGUACAUCGAUAAAGAGGGUUGGCUUUAA